AUGUCCGACCUCAUCAGAGAUGCUCCCCUGGGGCAACUCAUCCGCUUCGUCACUCGCAACAAAUACUUCCAAUACCCAGAAGAGAAGCCCGGCUUCCAGCUCCCCGAAGCGUGGAACACAGUCAUCAACAACCCCGACGCCAUCAUCGAAGAGAGCUCUCCCAAUGCAAACAACGUCCUCGCCUCGUCUGCCUCGUCUACCGUUGCCGCGACUGAAGACCCCAAGACCAAGGGCGAGAACGACAAUGAGAAGAACGACGUCGAGCGUGGUGAUUCGCAGCCCAUCAGACUCCAUCGCUCGCGCUCACCGCGGGAGACGCAGGCGUAUACCAUUGAUCGUCUUGAAGCCGAGGAGGAGCACGAUGUGGAAAAGGUCAAGUCCAUCCCCGUUGUGCCCAAGAGGACGAGAGAUGGCUCUAUUCUCGUGGACUGGUACUUCAGCGACGACAACGAGAAUCCUCACAACUGGACCAACAACAGACGUCUCGGCGUAGCAGUCAUCAUCUGUCUCUACACCUUCGUCGUGUAUACUUCCUCCGCCAUCUACACCUCCUCCACCGAGGGCGUCAUGAGAGCCUUUGGCGUGAGCCAACUCAAGGCCACUCUCGGUCUAUCACUCUAUGUUCUCGGCUACGGCAUCGGGCCUCUUGUCUUCUCGCCCCUGAGUGAGAUCCCUCGCAUUGGCCGCAAUCCCGUCUACAUCGUCACCAUGUUCCUCUUCGUCAUCAUUUCCAUCCCUACGGCUCUGGUGAAUAACUACGCUGGUCUUAUGGUGCUUCGAUUCCUUCAGGGUUUCUUCGGUUCGCCCUGUUUGGCCUCUGGAGGUGCCUCUCUCCAGGAUAUCUACAGCAUGAUGUCUAUCCCCUAUGCCAUGAUGGCUUGGGUUUCUGCUGCUUACUGUGGUCCUGCCCUUGGUCCUCUCCUCAGCGGUUUCGCCGUUCCCGUCAAGGGCUGGCGCUGGUCUCUCUAUGAGAGUAUCUGGGCCUCGGCUCCUGUCUUCAUUCUCAUGUUCCUCCUCCUCCCCGAGACUAGCAGCGCCAACAUCCUGCUCCGUCGCGCUGAGCGUCUGCGUAAACUCACAGGCAACAAGCGCUUCAUGUCGCAGAGCGAGAUUGAUCAGCGUCACAUGAAGGUCUCUGCCAUUGCCCUCGAUGCCCUCAUCAAGCCCAUGGAGAUCACCAUCAAGGAUCCCGCUGUGUUGUUCGUGCAGAUCUACACUGCCAUCAUUUACGGAAUCUACUACUCCUUCUUCGAGGUGUUCCCUCGUGUCUACCCCGUCUACUACGGCAUGAACCUCGGUCAGAUCGGCCUCGUCUUCCUCUGCGUUCUCGUCUCCUGCAUCAUCGGUGUUGGCCUCUACUUCUGCUACCUCUACUACUACAUGGACCCUCGCAUCGCCAAGCGCGGCUGGCCCAUCCAAGAAAGCCGACUCGUCCCAGCUCUCAUCGCCUCUUUCGGUCCUACCAUCGGCCUGUUCCUCUUCGCCUGGACAGCUCGAGCCUCUAUCCACUGGAUUGUUCCCACCAUCGGCAUCACCAUCUACGGCUUUACAGUCUUUAUUGUGAUGCAGUGUAUCUUUGUCUACAUCCCUCUCAGCUAUCCCAUGUACGCAGCCAGUCUCUUCGCUGCAAACGACUUCUUCCGAAGCGCUCUUGCUUGUGGCAGUGUGCUCUUCGCUCAGCCUCUGUUUGACAACCUCGGCGUUGAUAAGGGCACCAGUCUGCUUGGCGGUCUGAGUGUCAUUGGUAUCAUCGGCAUCUGGCUGCUGUACUUCUACGGCGCCAAGCUGCGAUCUCUCAGCAAGUUUGCUAUUUCAGACCAUGUUGAGUAG